AUGCAAGGAGAACAUUUUGACUCCGAUACAGAAACAGAGAAGAUGUCGGCACCCUCAGACUCAAGCUCUGCUCUGUCAGCCUCGGUGCCGAUAGCAACGACAACAUUCGACCUCGAGAAAACAACCAGUAGUAGACCGCAAGGCUCGAGACACGAAGCAGCCCUAGAUCGAACCAUCACAUCUGCUUAUGAUUGGACUGGCCCUGAUGACCCUGAUGACCCAUUGAAUUGGUCUCUUGCGAAGAAGAUCUAUCAUACAGUUAUUCCCGGACUCCAAGCCUUUGUCGUCACCUUUGGAUCCUCUGUCUACACUCCUAGCGUUCCUGAAGUCGCGAAGCACUUCGAUGUUAGCCUUACCGUAGCUCUCCUUCCCUUGACGGUGUAUGUACUUGGGUUAGGAUUCGGUCCGACAAUCUCAGCACCUAUAUCCGAGAGCUGGGGACGCCGUGCGGUCUAUGUGUGGUUCUUCCUGCCGUCCCUACUGUUCACUAUGGGCGCUGGGUUUUCAAACACCUUCGCAGGACUUGUUAUCUGUCGAUUUCUAGCCGGUACGGUAGGCUCAGGCACCCUGGCUGUCGGGGCAGGUUCGAACUCCGAUCUCUGGGCACCGAUUCAUCGGGCGGUCGCCAGUUCAAUAUUCUUGAUGGCUCCGUUCCUAGGUCCGGCCCUUGGGCCAGCUGUGGGUGGAUAUGUCGCCAUGAAAAUGAAUUGGCGAUGGACGCAGUGGCUGAUCCUCUUCUGGGGUGUUCUAGCUUAUGCCAUCACCCUGCCACAGAAGGAGACGUACAAGCGCAUCAUUCUCGAACGGCGCGCGAAGAAGCUCAACGUCCAGGGCCCACCGUCGCUGGUGCCUCCUGGUGUGAACAAGUUACGUUUCAUACUGGUAGUGACCAUCGCACGGCCCCUGAGAAUGCUCUUCACCGAAUCCAUCGUCGCCUUCUUCUCUGUCUACACCGCCUUCAACUUCAGUGUCCUCUUCGGCUUCUUCGCCGCCUUCCCCAUUGUUUUCCGCUCCCCUUAUCCAGAGAUUCAAAUCUACCAUUUCAACACCGGCGAAGCUGGCCUCGUCUUCCUCGGCAUCGGCAUCGGCGUUGUGCUGGGCACCUUGAUCGCGAUCGCCACAGACCGCCUAAUUUACCGCAAAAAGACGCUCAAGAGACAGGCUCAGGGCGAUUUCAUGCCACUGCUGCCGGAAGAGAGGCUCUACGCGGCAAUGCUGGGUUCUUGCUUGCUCCCAAUCGGGCUAUUCUGGUUCGCGUGGACGUCGAGGGCCGACGUCCAUUGGAUCGUCCCUGUUCUUGGAACCAUCCCCUUCGGCAUCGGCAAUUUCCUCGUCUUCUGCUCUUGCAUCCUUUACCUUAUUGAUACCUACGGUCCCCUAUACGGUGCUAGUGCUGCUGCUGCCAACGGCCUCCUGAGAUAUGCUCUCGGCGCUGUCUUUCCGCUGUUCACUGUCCAAAUGUACCGGGCUAUGGGCGUCGCUUGGGCCACUAGUCUCUUUGGAUUCGUCACUGUCGCUCUGCUGCCCAUUCCCUGGGUUCUGUACAAGUAUGGUCCGAGGAUCCGGAUGCGGAGUGCCUUCACGCCGGGCAAGUAA